AUGGAUGAGUCUGAUCACUACUCUGAAGAUGAUUAUUUGAGCGAUACGAGCUCCACAGGUUCUCUGAGCACAUUUCGCCCAGAAAAUAUUCUCAAUGAGAUGGCCCGAAAUAUUAUCCUUUAUAAUCCCGACGAUGAAUUAUUUGGAGCACCAAACAUUAACACUAAUCGAUUGGCUGAUUUCAACCCCGAUCUUACUCAAGAGCAUCCCUAUCUCUUCCAAUUAGACGUGGUUAUGGUGGAACCUCCAGAAUAUCCGAAAGAGAAUGAGAUUAUACGAUUGCGAUCUGUCAAAGCUUCUACAGUCAUUUUUCCAGGCCAAAAAGUGCCAAUGAACAACAAUUAUGGAUUUGACAACUUCAGUACUCUGCACAAUGAAAAAUUGGUGGUCCUUCUCUUAUUUGAAAAUGAGAGAGACUAUCAUUUACACAGACAAGAUGAUAUAACUCUACCGCGAACGGCAGUAAUCGCAAAAAUCACCAAGUUUACCGCCGAUAGGCUAAAUAGAGACACAUGCAAAAGAAUCGAGUUUGAAGCAAUUCAAAGAUGCAAAGUACUGGAUUUGGAGCCCGAUACGUAUGCAACCGUCAAAGUUUUACCAGAAACCAGAGAAUAUUGCGAGGAACUUCUCACCUAUUUCGCUCAAUAUUAUCCCGAAGAACGGCUACGAACUUUGCUAGAAAAUGAUAUCGUUGAAUUUGGUUUCUGGGCAUGUUCUAACAUUUUUUGUGUACAAAAAGUCAAGUAUCAAUUGCUGGAGAUGAAAACGACAGACGAACGAAUUGCGACAGUAUUGGAAUUAGCCAGAAAAAUUAAAUCAUUCAAGUGCAAAAAUUGUGGCGAUGUUUUGUCUGAUACAUCGAAAGUUGUAAGAAUGGGCUCACAUGAAAUUGCCGGACAAUUUGUAAAUCCGGGUGGCGUCGUUCACGAUCUCAUCACCGUAAGGGAAAUAAGAAAUUACCAGUUCUACGGAUCGGCUGUUCAAGAUUUUUCCUGGUUUCCUGGCUAUUCGUGGACAAUUAUUCAAUGCGCUUGUGGUACCCACAUCGGUUGGAUGUUCGAAUCACGCUACUUGCGUCCAACUACGUUCUACGCACUAUCGAGACCAAAUAUAAAAAAUGAAGAAGUCGAAAAUGACGAAGAAAAUAAAACCGUAUUUUUAUAA